GAACGGGAAGAAGAGGAGGAGGAGGCAGGAGCCGACAAGAUCUCGCGCUGAACGUCUUCCCCUCCUCCUCCCUCUCCCCCUGAUGGAGCUCCGGCCCUUUCAAAACCCCUCACCCGCUCGGCGCCACGCGACCCCGUCCCCGCGGCCCCGAUCCCCACCCCGUGCCGCCUCGCGCCGGGUCCCGCGGUUCUGAGCGUUCCUUCCUGCUCGGGUUCGCCCCGGCUGGAUUCCUUGGCCCCUGACGCGGGCGGGUGCGGUUUCUUGGCGUGGAUGUGAGGGUGGGAGAGGGAGGGAAGGAAUGCAGAGGUCGCGGAGAGCACUCCUGAGGAGGAGGGCAGCGGCGCAGGAGCAGGGCGCGGGGGUGGAGGCCGCCGCUAACGGGGGGAAGAGGCGGCUCUACGGCUUCUCCGCCUCGCUCGUCGUCGCGUCGUGGGUCGCCGUACUCCUCCUCCACUCGCUCGUCGGGCACGGCGACGGUCAACACGAUGGAGGAGUUUCUGCUAUGUCUCUUGCUGUUGUAGAUCCUACCUUGAGUGAAGGUUCUGUUAAUCCCUCUGUACAGGAGGAGCAUGAGAAUUUGGCAGUGCCAGGUGAUACUUCUGUUAAAUCUGGUGAAAAUGUCGCGGAAGUUCUAACAAAGUAUAGUCAGGUUGAGCUUUCAGGAGGUCAGGGUGGAAGUUCUCCUCAGACUGAUGUUGAUUCUGAAGUUCAUCUAGGGGAUAAAGUGGAGAGUGAAGAUAUCCCAAGACCAGUAAGAUUAUCACGAGCUGUCCCUCCUGGUCUUGUUGAAUUCAAGACAAGAGCAAUUGCUGAAAGGGGAACUGGUGUUUCUAGUCAAACUGGAAUUGUGAUCCACCGAAGGGAGCCCAGUGGAAAGUUGUAUAAUUACGCCUCAGCGUCAAAAGGAGCUAAGGUCCUGGACUUCAAUAAGGAGACUAAGGGUGCUUCCAACAUCUUAGAUAAAGACAAAGACAAGUAUCUUCGCAAUCCUUGCUCAGCAGAGGGGAAAUUUGUCAUCAUAGAGCUUUCUGAAGAAACCUUGGUAGAUACCAUUGCAAUUGCAAAUUUCGAGCACUAUUCUUCUAAUUUGAAAGAAUUUGAAAUCCUGAGCAGCUUGAUUUAUCCCACAGAAAACUGGGAAACACUUGGAAGAUUCACUGUUGCAAAUGCAAAACAUGCUCAGAAUUUCACCAUUCCUGAGCCAAAGUGGGCUAGAUAUUUGCAGCUCAACUUGCUAAGCCAUUAUGGUUCCGAGUUCUAUUGUACACUCAGUAUGCUUGAAGUGUAUGGUAUGGAUGCUGUCGAAAAGAUGCUGGAGAACUUGAUUCCAGUUGAGAGCAAAAAACCCGAACCUAAUGAUAAAAUUAAGGAGCCAGUUGAACAAACACCUUUGAAGGAGCCAACCAGAGGAAACGAAUCCUCUCAGGAACCCCUGGAUGAAGAUGAAUUUGAACUAGAAGAUGAUAAAACAAAUGGUGAUUCAUCAAAGAAUGGUGCUCGUGAUCAAACUUCAGAGACAAGGACACUUCAGGCUGGCAGGAUUCCUGGAGAUACAGUUCUUAAGGUGCUAAUGCAGAAAGUUCAAUCUCUUGAUGUGAGCUUCUCUGUGUUGGAGAGGUACCUAGAGGAGUUGAACAGUAGAUACGGGCAAAUCUUUAAGGAUUUUGAUGCUGAUAUUGAUAGCAAAGAUGUAUUGUUAGAGAAGAUCAAAUUGGAGUUGAAGCAUCUUGAGAUCAACAAAGAUAACCUUGCGAACAAAAUUGAAGAGAUCCUCUCAUGGAAGAUAGUUGCUUCCUCUCAAUUAAACCAGCUGGUCCUGGAUAAUGCUAUACUUAGAUCGGAAUUCGAAAUAUUUCAGCAAAAGCAGGCUGAUAUGGAGAACAGGAGUUUUGCUGUUAUGUUUCUCAGUUUUGUUUUCGCUUGUUUAGCGAUUGCUAAGUUGUCUAUAGGUGUCAUGUUCAAAAUCUGUAGAUUCUGUGACUUUGAGAAGUUCCAUAAUGUAAGGUCCGGAUGGCUUAUGUUGCUGCUGAGCAGUUGCAUUAUAGCCUCCAUUUUGGUAAUACAAUAAUACGUGCAUUCAACUCCACAUAGUUGCGGCUGUACAUUGUAAUUACAUGAGCGUUCUGAUUCAAAAUCAAUUGUAAACCUUUGAGAUCUUAACAAGUUUACAGUGCAUUUAUCUGA